GGUCUUUGCUUGCCUGUGCCCAUGCAUCCAAAUUAACCAAAUCAAUCAAUUAAACUAAUCACUCAACGACGGACGACCGGUUCCAAAACCCCAAAAUCUCGCAAUCACUUCACCGAACUUAACCUGUGCUCUUACUUCGUCGUACAUAUGCUCAUACAUGAUACAUUCAUACAUAUAUAAAAUCUCCCGGUUAAUAUAUAUUUCACCAUCGGAAUUUCGAUCCAUCCUCUGUUGUUGGGACCGUAGCUAGCUUGGUAGAGGCAGCCAUGGUGCCGUCUCGCGGGCGUUCGUUCGUCCUGCUGCUCCUCGUCGUCGUCUUCUUCUUCCUCGCGGAGGCGGCGAAUUCGGCGGAAGGCGCGGCGCUGGCGGCGGAGCGGACGCGGCGGAAGGACCCCCUGGACGGGCUCCGGCUCUACCAAGGCGGCUGGAACAUCAGCGACAAGCACUACAUCGCAUCGGUCGCGUUCAGCGCGGCGCCGGUGUUCGCCGUCGGUGCGGUCUGGUUCAUCGCCGUCGCCGCCGCGGGUCUCGUCGCCUGCUGCUGCUGUUGCUGCUGCUCACGCGGCAGCAGCAGCGAUUACUCCUACUCGCGGACCAUCUUCACCGUCUCCCUCGUCCUUCUCCUCACCUUCACGGCCACCGCCAUUGUCGGGUGUGCGGUGCUAUACAACGGGCAGGGGAAGCUGCACGAGAGCACCAAGGCGACGGUAGCCUAUGUGGUGAGGCAGUCGGAUGGCGCAGUGGCAAGCCUAAGGGGGUUCACUAGAUUCAUCGAGAAGGCGAAAGAAGACGGCGGGGUUGGCGGCACCGCACUCUUGUCUCCUGAGCUGAGGGCGAAUGUCGACAGGGUGGCGGCGAGGGUGGACGCUGCGGCGGAUGAGCUUGCCACACGAACCAAGAGCAAUGCGCGCAAGAUCCGAACCGCGCUGGACACCACAAGGAAAAUCCUGAUUGGCGUAGCAAGCGUGAUGCUCGUGCUAGCGUUUCUUGGCCUUGUGUUCUCAUUGGCUGGGAUGCAGUCACUUGUGCGCUUCCUGGUGUGUCUGGGAUGGAUCCUGGUUACUGCAACCUUUAUAUUGUGUGGCGUUUUCCUUCUCCUGCACAAUGCUGUAGGGGACACGUGUGUCGCCAUGGAAGAAUGGGGGCGCCGUCCGCAGGAUCGCACGGCGCUGGACGACAUCCUUCCCUGCGCCGACACGGCGGCGACGUCGGAGGCCCUUCGCCGGAGCAAGGAGGUCAACCACCAGCUCGUCGCCUCCCUCAACAACGUGCUCGCCGACAUCGCCAACGCCAACAACGUCCCUCCCCAGGCCGGCCCUCCGAUCUACUACAACCAGUCGGGGCCGCCGGUGCCGCUCCUCUGCAACCCUUACCACGCCGACCUCACCGCCCGCUCUUGCUCCGCCGGCGAGGUCCCCGCCGCCGACGCGCAACAGGUGUGGCAAGGCUUCGUGUGCCGCCGCCUAACAGCCGGCGGCGCACAGGGGCCGGACGUGUGCGCGACGGUGGGCCGCCUCACGCCGGCGAUGUACUCCCAGGCGUUGACCGUGGCCAACGCCAGCGAGGGGCUGGUCAACUACGGGCCGGUUCUCGCCGACCUAGCGGAUUGCACGUUCGUCCGGCGGACAUUCCGGACGAUCGUGAGGGAGGGAUGUCCGGGGCUGAGGCGCCACAGCGGCAGGGUGUACCAGGCUCUGCUCGUCGUGUCGGCGGCCAUGGCGGCGGCGGCGGCGGCGUGGCUGGUGCACUCGCGGGAGAGGCGGCGGCGGAGCGAGGCCACAAGGUUCCGGGUGUCGCCGUAUAGGCUGCCUAUUGACGAGAAGUCGCUGCUCAAGAGCCCGAGAAGGCCGUACAGGCGAGCCGGCAGCAGCAGCAGCAGCAGCCCCGUCAGGGAGAGCAGGGGUGGAACUAGAGAGAUGGUUGAGAGGGGACACUUGUGAUGUUGUUAAUUAAUAAGAAUUUUUUUUCUUCUAGAACACAUGUUAAUUAAUAAGAUGGGUGACAAGGGCAUCAGUGAUAUAAACUAGCUUGGAUCGUGUACACUCCCCGCGAUUCAUGACAAGUGUUGCUGAUUUAGUGUAAAAUAGCGCAAGGUGUAAUCAUAGCAUUUGAAAAUGAUGGUGUAGUGUGGCUAUGAGUCUGUAACAUAUGAAUUUCAUAAAAAUAAAGAAAAAACAGUUCAAUUUGCUCCGAAGAAUUUCAGCA